UUUCCCAACCACAGAUUUCCCCCUUUCUGUUUCCAUCCCCUCUCCACCACCCUUAGCAGAAAUGGUUGAAGCCACAGGGCCAUUUUCUUUCCCGAUCGGGGCUACACGUGGGUGGCUGCAGCGUUGGCCGCAGAAAGCGAGAAUGGCCCCCAAAGGGCGGAAGAGAAAGGCCCAGGCAGCCCCGCGGGGGGAGAGGAACGGUGCAGAAGAGUCGCCCAAGAAACCGAAGGAAACGCAAGGAUCGGGCCCUCGUGUCGUCAUUGAGCAUUGCAAAAGCUGACGCGUCUUUGGGCGCAAUGCUGAUGCUGUUAGCCAGGCAUUGCGGCAGACCUUUCCUGAUAUCCUGUUAGAGGUGAACCCUGAGAAGCCCCGCAGGAAUAGCUUUGAGGUAGUUCUGCUGAAGGAAGAUGGCACCAAUUUUAGAGGUGGAGUUAUGGAGCGGCCUUAAGAAAGGGCCACCACGCAAGUUGAAGUUCCCAGAACCAACCAAUGUUGUUGAGACCCUGAAGGGCAACUUGGACUAAAGUCAACAAUUGGGCAUAGUUGCCAGUGGUAAGUUGGUACUAAAAAAAGUUUCCUCUUCUACUGGAAGUCCCUUUAUAAUUUGAGAAGCCUAGCU